GCGGCCGGCUCACCUAAACUCUCGGAUCCCGGCGGGCCUCGAGCGCGUGGGCCGGGGCGGGCGACACUCUUCGGCCAUCUCGCCCGGCGCGGAACUCGGGGUGGAGGAGGCGGCGGGCCCAGGAGCUCCCCGAGCCAACUUCUGCCGGGCCGAACCACGAGCUAGCGCGACUGAACCCCAAGAACCGGGAACCCGCGGCCUGGUCUCCGAGUGCGCCCUCGGAGCAACCACCCAGGCCUCCCCGUAUCCCGUGCUGGGGCUGCAGCCGUCCGAUGGGCCAGUGACCCACGCAGCCCAGGUCGUCUUCCUUUUUUUUUUUUUUUAAAUUUAUUUUAUUUAUUUAUUAAUUUAUUUUUGGCUGUAUUGGGCCUUCGUUGUUGCGCGCGGGCUUUUCUCUGGUUGCGGCGAGCGGGGGCUACUCUGCGGUGCGCGGUCUUCUCACUGCGGUGGCUUCUCUUGUUGCGGAGCAGGGUCUCUAGGCGCGCGGGCUUCAGUAGUUGCAGCACACGGGCUCAGUAGUUGUAGCUCGCGGCCUCAGUAGUUGUGGUGCGCGGGCUUAGUUGCUCCGCGGCAUGUGGGAUCUUCCCGGACCAGGGCCCGAACCCGUGUCCCCUGCAUUGGCAGGCGGAUUCUUAACCACUGCGCCAUCAGGGAAGCCCCCAGGUCGUCUUUCUAAUAAAUCCUCCUGACGGCAAAAACAGUGCUUGGUGAGUGCCAGGUACUGAGCUACGAGCUUUACCUGGGUGAUCUCGUUUAAUCCCCAGUGAUACUGUCAUAUAGGUGGUUUUCUUACCGUUUACGGAAUGGUAAGCUGAGAUGAAGUAACUAGCCCUGGACAGCACAGGAAUGACAGCAAAGAAAUUGGAAUCCAAGUGGUCAUUUUCCAGAGCCCAUCACUUUUUUUUUUUAAUCUUUCUUUCUAGUUUUUCAGUUUUUCUAAAAUCAGCAAAGUGGUUCAGUCAUACAUGUAUAUACGUUCUUUUUUUAUCUUCUUUUCUGUUACGGGUUUAUCACAGGAAAUUGUAUAUAUAAUGCCCUGUGCUCUACAGUAGGACCUUGUUGUUUAUCCGUCCUGUGUAUAAUAGUUUGCUUCUGCUGACCCCAAACUCCCAGUCCUUCCCUCCCCCCCCCACAGUCACAAGUCUGUUUUCUAUGUCUGUGACUCUUUCUGUUUUCUAGAUAAGUUCAUUUGUGUCUCUUCUUUUUUUUUUUUUCGGCCACACGUGGCUUCUGGGAUCUUAGUUCCCUGACCAGGGAUUGAACCCAGGCCCCAGCAGUGAAAGCACCGAGUCUUAACCACUGGACCGCCAGGGAAGUCCCAUUUGUGUCGUAUUUUAGAUGCCACAUAUAAGUGAUAUCACACGGUAUUUGUCUUUCUCUUUCUGACUUAGUUUACUUAGUAUGACAAUCUCUAGGUCCAUCCAAGUUGCUGCAAAUGGCAUUAUUUCAUUCUUUUUUUUAAAUUUUAAUAAUACAUUUUAUUUAACCCAAUAUUUCUAAAAUAUUACUAUUUCACCAUGUAAUAAUCAGUGUAAAAUUAUUAAUGAGGUAUUUUACAUUUUUUACACAAAGUCUUUGAAAUCCAGUGUGUAUUUUAUACUUAAAGCGCAGCUUAAUUCAGCCUGGCCACAGUUGAAGUGCUCAAUAGCUACAUGUGGCUAGUGGCUACCAUUCUGGUCAGCAGUUAAUUUAAGGUGUGAAUUCUAUACACAGUUAUAAUCUCAGACAAGUAGAGGUAUUUCCAACUGUACCCAUGGACAAAUUGAUAGUGAAUUCAUGUUUGGAAUAUUAAUUGUAUAGCAUUUGGACAUGGAAAAUUUAUUCUUGAAUUAUGAAUAAGUGGUUUAAGUGAACCCGAUUAUUGCGUAUUAUUACAUGCAGCUACUGAAAUAGGCACUUCCACAUAUUACCACAUUUAAUCCUUUCAAAAAACACCUGGUAGGGCUUCCCUGGUGACGCAGUGGUUGAGAGUCCGCCUGCCGGUGCAGGGGACGUGGGUUCAUGCCCCGGUCCGGGAGGAUCCCACAUGCCGUGGAGCGGCUGGGCCCGUGAGCCAUGGCCGCUGAGCAUGUGCGUCCGGAUCCUGUGCUCCGCAACGGGAGAGGCCACGGCAGUGAGAGGCCCGCGUACAGCAAAAAAAAAAAAAAACACCUGGUAAAGGACCGUUAUCGAGAUUGAAACAGUAGACCUGUGCCCAAUAUCCACUUCACCCUUCUUCUAGUUUGCCUUUCUGAAAGGCAGAGAGUGGAACGCUGAAUACCAUGGUUUCCAGACUCCCAUGAAACUAGGGUUCUCAGUGUGAUUUACAUUCAGCCAGUCACAUACACAUACGUGAGAUUUGAAGGCUGGAAGUGAGGCAGAGACUGCAUUGGGGGGGGCGCAUUUUUGCCAUUUCUACAGGCACAGGAACCGAUUUUUUGGCAGCAGAAUUAAAGAGACAUGCCAUUGUCCAGUUUCUACCUGUGGAUGUUGAGAAGCAGGGUCCUGGGCAUCCGUGUUGCUGGGGCAGAUCAGAGCAAAUACAGCAUGGCCCUGGAGUCAGUGGCAAUAGUGGCAGUGUCUUUCUAAUUAAGUGGACUUUUGAAAGUUGUGGUUUCCCAAAGAUAGCCAUAAAUUCUGUGCAUCCUAGAACAUUCUGCAUCCUAAUGGGGUCCUCUGGUGGUCUUUGAGCAGUUGUCUUCCAGUUCCAGUCCCAUCCUUCCAAACUCUGGGGUGCUGGAGCUGGGGCUGCUCACUGCAUCUCCGCUUUGCCAUCUGGCGCCCGCAUAGGUUCUACCAAUAGGAGGUAAUAGAGGCUUGUCUUGGGUGUCCACAAGAUGAGUAGAUCUCCACACCUGCCCACCAGGAUCUGGAAAGUUUAUAUAGAGGCCUUAACGGGUUUAUUCGCAUAUGUAGUCCAAAUGGUCUCAGUAACACAUUGCUCUCUCCAGGCAGCAUCCUUGAAAAUGUAUUUCAUUCUUUUUUAUGGCUGAGUAAUAGUCCAUUGUAUAUACGUACCACAUCUUUAUCCAUUCAUCUGUCAAUGGAUAUUUAGGUUGCUUCCAUAUCUUGGCUAGUGUAAAUAGUGCUGCUAUGAACAUGGGGGAGGAGGUGUGUGUAUCCUUUUUAAUUAUAGUUUUGCCUGGAUAUAUGCCCAGGAGUGGGAUUGCUGGAUCAUAUGGUAGUUCUAUUUAGUUUUCUGAGGAACCUCCAUACUGUUCUGCGUAGUGGCUAAGCCAACUUACAUUCUUACUAACAGUGUAGGACGUUUCCCUUUUUUCCAUACCCUCUCUAGCAUUUGUUAUUGAUGGCCAUUCUGACGGGUGUGAGGUGGUACCUUGUUGUAGUUUUGAUUUGCAUUUCUCUAAUAAUUAUCGAUGUUGAGCAUCUUUACAUGUGCCUGUUGGCCAUUUGUUUUCUUCUUUGGAGUAACGUCUAUUUAGGUCUUCUGUCCUUUUUGUUUGUUUGUUUGUUUUUUGCGGUACGCGGGCCUCUCACUGUUGUGGCCUCUCCCGUUGCGGAGCACAGGCUCCGGACGCGCAGGCUCAGCGACCAUGGCUCACGGGCCCAGCCACUCUGCGGCAUGUGGGAUCUUCCCGGACCGGGGCACGCACCCGUGUCCCCUGCAUCGGCAGGCGGACUCUCAACCACUGCGCCACUAGGGAAGCUCUCUGUCCUUUUUUCAGUUGGGUUGUUUGGUUUUUUGUUGUUGAGUUGUAUGAGCUGUUUGUAUAUUUUGCAAAUUAAGCCCUGUCGGUCACAUCGUUUGCAAAUGUUUUCAGCCAGUCCGUAGGUUGUCUUUUCGUUUUGUUUACGGUUUCCUUUGCUGUGUAAAAGCUUGUAAGUUUGAUUAGGUUCUAUUUGUUUAUUUUUGCUUUAUUUCUGUUGCCUUGGGAGACUGACCUAAGAAAACACUGGUGCCAUUUAUGUCAGAGAAUGUUUUGCCUGUGAUCUCUUCUAGGAGGUUUAGAGUGUCAUGUCUUCUGUUUAAGGCUUUAAGCCAUUUUGAGUUUAUUUCUGUGUAUGGUGUGAGGGUGUGUUCUAACUUCAUUGAUUUACAUGCAGCUGCCCAGCUUUCCCAGCACUGCUUGCUGAAGAGACUGUCUUUUUCCUAUUGUAUAUUCUUGCCUCUUUUGUCGAAGAUUAAUUGACCAUAGGUGUGUGGGUUUAUUUCUGGCAGAGCCCAUCCCUCUUAACAAAGAUUUGUACUGAAGCGCUCAAAAGUGGCAAGGCACAAGUGUGCAGAAACAGCAUAGCAUCAAACCACAGUUUGCUGAGUCCUGACACAGUUUGAAUUCUUCGUCUUUUUUGCAGUGUUUUAACUCAAAUGGGUGAUGAAAAGGACUCUUGGAAAGUGAAAACUUUAGAUGAAAUUCUUCAGGAAAAGAAACGACGGAAGGAACAAGAGGAGAAAGCAGAGAUAAAACGCUUAAAAAAUAACAACGCUUCUUCGGUGAAGUUCUUUUGUACUUCCAAAUGUCGCAGUCUGAUGACCGGGAUUCCAAGCGGGAUUCCCUGGAGGAGGGGGAGCUGAGGGACCACCGCAUGGAGAUAACGAUAAGGAACUCGCCGUAUAGAAGAGAGGGCUCCAUGGAGGACAGAGGAGAGGAAGAUGAUUCUUUGGCUAUCAAACCACCCCAGCAAAUGUCUCGGAAAGAAAAAGCUCAUCACAGGAAAGAUGAAAAGAGAAAAGAGAAACGUAGGCAUCGUAGUCAUUCCACAGAAGGGGGGAAGCAUGCCAGAGUGAAGGAGAAGGAGAGAGAGCACGAGCGCCGUAAACGGCACCGAGAAGAGCAGGAUAAGGCCCGGCGGGAGUGGGAGCGACAGAAGCGGAGGGAGCUGGCGCGGGAGCACUCCCGGAGGGAGAGGGACCGUCUCGAGCAGCUAGAAAGGAAGCGAGAACGGGAGCGCAAGAUGCGGGAGCAGCAGAAGGAGCAGAGGGAGCAGAAGGAGCGGGAGCGGCGGGCCGAGGAGCGACGCAAGGAGCGGGAGGCCCGGCGGGAAGUGUCUGCACAUCACCGGACAGCGAGAGAGGACUAUGGCGACAAGGUGAAACCCAGCCACUGGAGUCGGAGCCCACUCCGGCCGCCUCGAGAGAGGUUUGAGCUCGGGGACAGCCGAAAGCCAGUAAAAGAAGAGAAAGUGGAAGAGAGAGACCUGCUGUCCGACCUGCAGGACAUCAGCGGCAGCGAGAGGAGGACCAGCUCAGCGGAGUCCUCGUCAGCGGAGUCAGGGUCCGGUUCCGAGGAGGAGGAGGAAGAGGAGGAGGAGGAGGAGGAGGAGGAGGAGGAGGGGAGCAGCAGCGAAGAGUCGGAGGGGGAGGAGGAGGAGGAGGAGGAGGAGACCGGAAGCAACUCCGAGGACGCAUCCGGACAGUCAGCCGAGGAAGUGAGUGAAGAAGAAAUGAGUGAAGAGGAGGAGCGAGAGAAUGAAAACCACGUCUUGGUUGUUCCAGAGUCACGAUUUGACCGCGAUUCUGGAGAGAGCGAAGAGGGGGAAGAGGAGGUGGGCGAGGGCACCCCCCAGAGCAGCGCCCUCACCGAGGGGGACUUCGUGCCCGACUCCCCAGCCCUGUCACCCAUCGAGCUCAAACAGGAGCUGCCCAAGUACCUGCCAGCCCUGCAGGGCUGUCGGAGUGUGGAGGAAUUCCAGUGCCUGAACAGGAUUGAAGAAGGCACUUACGGGGUGGUGUACAGAGCGAAGGACAAGAAAACAGAUGAAAUCGUGGCUCUGAAGCGGCUAAAGAUGGAGAAAGAGAAGGAAGGCUUCCCGAUCACAUCGCUGAGGGAGAUCAACACCAUUCUCAAGGCGCAGCAUCCCAACAUCGUCACCGUCAGGGAAAUCGUCGUGGGCAGCAACAUGGACAAGAUCUACAUCGUGAUGAACUACGUGGAGCACGACCUCAAGAGCCUCAUGGAGACCAUGAAGCAGCCCUUCCUGCCGGGAGAGGUGAAGACCCUGAUGAUCCAGCUGCUGCGUGGAGUGAAGCACCUGCACGACAACUGGAUCCUGCACCGAGACCUCAAGACGUCCAACCUGCUGCUGAGCCAUGCCGGCAUCCUCAAGGUGGGGGACUUCGGGCUGGCGCGGGAGUAUGGGUCCCCUCUGAAGGCCUACACCCCAGUGGUCGUGACCUUGUGGUACCGUGCCCCCGAGCUGCUGCUCGGCGCCAAGGAGUACUCCACGGCCGUGGACAUGUGGUCGGUGGGCUGCAUCUUUGGGGAGCUGCUGACUCAGAAGCCGCUGUUCCCUGGGAAGUCGGAAAUCGAUCAGAUCAACAAAGUGUUCAAGGACCUGGGGACCCCCAGUGAGAAAAUCUGGCCCGGCUACAAUGACCUCCCCGCAGUCAAGAAGAUGACCUUCACCGAGUACCCGUAUAACAACCUCCGCAAGCGCUUCGGGGCUCUGCUCUCAGACCAGGGCUUCGACCUCAUGAACAAGUUUCUGACCUACUUCCCUGGACGGAGGGUCAGCGCAGAGGAUGGCCUCAAGCACGAGUAUUUCCGCGAGACCCCCCUCCCCAUCGACCCCUCCAUGUUCCCCACAUGGCCCGCCAAGAGCGAACAGCAGAGGGUGAAGCGGGGCACCAGCCCCCGGCCCCCAGAGGGAGGCCUGGGCUACAGCCAGCUGGGUGACGACGACCUGAAGGAGACGGGCUUCCACCUCACAACCACGAACCAGGGGGCCUCGGCCGCGGGCCCAGGCUUCAGCCUCAAGUUCUGAGGCUCAGAGCUGACCCCGGACCCACCUUGGGGAGCGCCAACCGCUGAGGCCCAGCUGGGACAGCGGCAGACACUGGAGGCGACGUCUGGGUCCAGACCCCCGUCCUGCCCUGAUCAGGUGCCGCCACUGCCACGGGGCUGCCGUGGACGCGACCUCAAGUCUAGGACUGGCUGCUGGCCUCGUGGGGUUUUCCAUGUUUUCACUUUAUCUUGGUUUGUAAAUUUGUAGAAUUAAAUCACGUUUUCCUUGC